GCGAGCAAGACAUCGAAGGCGAAGGCGAAGCGAAGCAUCUACCUCCAAACUCACACGGGCAAGCGCGCACACGAUUCCCCAAAGUUCCAUCGCUUGCGACGCGUUGAUUCCUAUUCCGAUUCCGAUUCCGAUUUGGAUUUCGGUUCAGCUCUGUUAUGUGAUGAUAGUUGAUGGUUCUUCUUCUCACCUGCUUUUGAAGAGAAGGAGACUCGCCAUCCCCGACCCCAUGGAAGCUGAACCCGCCAAGGCAAAGCUUGCUGAAAUAAACGAAAAAUUUGGACGUGAAAUACGUGUGUUUGAAACUUCAGCAAGUUCUCUGACAGAAAAUGUAGCUCCAGGUACUGAUGAAACAGAUGACUUCUAUGAGUUCACUGCGGAGGAUUAUCACCGACUUUUGACUACCAAAAAAGAAGAAAAACAUUUAAAGACCAGAAAACUCCGAGAAGCAGAAGAGGCAGCACGGCGCUCAAGAAUAACAAAGACUACUAUAAGGGUACGGUUUCCUGAUAAUCAUACGCUAGAGGCUACAUUUCAUCCAUCAGAGAAAAUAGAGAGUUUGGUUGCUCUCCUUGAGAAAGUGGUCGCUAAACCUGAAAUGCCAUUUUAUAUAUAUACUACUCCACCCAAGAAGCAAAUAAAAGACUUGUCGCAGGACUUUUACUCUGCCGGCUUCAUUCCUGGGGCAAUAGUUUAUUUUUCAUAUGAUGCCCAGAAAGUUUCAAAUGAGGAUAUAGCAGCUGCUGAGAUGAGUCCUUUCCUUCAAGAGUAUGUCGUGGCUCUGAAGGACUGGGAGCACAACAUUGAGAUGGCAGAGCCGGUUCAAUCUGCACCGGCAUCUGUAGAGCCAGCUCCUCCGCCUGUUGUCCAAGAUCGCAAGCCUGCUGAUAAAAAGCCUGUUAAGCCAAAGUGGCUUAAAAUGUGACUUGACGCUAAUACAUUAUGCUGAUCUCGAUGCAGGUGCAGUUAUUUCAGGGCAACUUGCACCGACCGUGACACUUUGGACCAGUUAUUGUGGGCAACUGAGCACUCGAUUCUGAAAGUGACUUAGUCGAAGAUGGUUAAGGAGAGAAUCCUUAAGAAUUGAAGAACGAUGUCAUAAGGAACUCACCAAGUGAUUUUCUCCUAAUGGAGAGAACCUUGUAUUUCGAUUGUGUUUAUUGUAAAUCAACAGCGUCCUUUCUGAUUGUCAAGUUAUGUAUAUCCAUACGGUUCGCCA